AUGGAUCAUCGCAAGCUGUGGUUCCGCGACAGCCCCUGGUUCUUAUGGUACCGAAUCGAAUACAAAGUCCUCAAACAUCAUCCAACCGCAGCCCAGAAACUCCGUCGAGUCCUUCACGACAAGCUCGGUCUCACGGAAAAGGAGUGGGCGGCCGUUGAACGCUUUUUCGUUAAUCACGAGGCGCUGGGAGUCGCGACGCAACGCAACGAGUGGUUUGGCAAGGAAUGCGCCCGGCUGGAGAAGAUCCUCGACAACACCAAGAAUCUCAACACCGAGGAGUCACUCCAGGUCUCGAGCGAGUACCACUAA